AUGAUGAAUGCAUUCGAGCGACUUCUUGUCUAAGCCAGUGCCGAAAAUCCCUCCGGUCGCCGCCGCCGCCGCCGCCGCCGAAGGGAAGAAGAACUCGUCGUCCGUGUAGCGUAAUCUGUGCGGCGUCGAAGAGAGCAGGGAGCGAGAAUGGUGGGGACGGAUUUGAAAGCGGAGACGAUGAAGCUGAUGGAGAAGAGGACCGCCGUGGAGGCCGAGAUGGACGCCAUCAUCGAGCGCCUCGCCCGGCCCGGCGGUCCCGGUCUCUCCGGCAACCUCGUCGAUUCCGAGGGGUUUCCUCGGACGGAUAUUGACAUCCCGGUCGUGCGAGCAGAGCGUCGCCGUCUCUCUGAGCUUCGGAAUGACCAUAAAGAGAUCACUGAUAAACUUAAUGAGAAUUUACAAGUCCUUCAUUCAGCUAGACUUGCUCCGAGAUCGGCACCGGCUAAGGGUAGGCUGCUCAAACACUCAUGUGAUGCUGUUACGGCAUCAGAAUCCUCACGUAAUGUCAUACAAAGAGAUGCUCCCAGCGACAUGGAUGUUGAUGUGAUAGUCAGCAGACCCUUUGCAGUAGUUGAUGAAAUAGCUGAUGGUUCACCAGCAGCAGAGGAUGGUUUGCAGCUGGGUGAUCAGAUUGUGAAAUUUGGGAAUGUUGAAUCUGGGGAUAAUUUGCUCCAACGACUUUCUUCUGAAGCUCAGGCAAGUCAGGGCCACGCUUUAACUUUGGUGGCUAUGAGGCAAGGUGAACUCAUCAACUUAACAGUGACUCCCAGAACAUGGCAAGGCAGAGGCUUACUGGGGUGCCAUUUUCGGAUCUUGUGACAUGCUGUGUCUGCAAGUACCCCCAGAGAGGUUUUUUAACAAUGCGCAAGGUGCGCUUAAAAGGAUGUCCUACCUUCAAAUUCUGGUCUCCUCUUUUUGUUGCCAAAAUAUCCCAUUUACUUGAUGAAGUUCAUGUCUAGGCGAAAAACAAAAUAUUAUGAAGUGCAUGUACUUUCUUAUGAACAUCUCUUACUUUUAAUAUUUGCUGGUAAAUAUGAUGGACAGAGUUUUUCCUGGGAUUUUACUGCA